ACAAUGGGUGGUUGAAGGAGCUGUUUAUAGCAACAGUCACGGUCUGACAAAGGCAGAACCUGAAACAGGAUCUCUUUUGAACAAACAGCAGAGGGUGAAAUACGGACACACAGUACAGAGAAAACAAUGACUGCAGGAGAAUUUUUUUUUUCCAAAGAUAUUGACAUAUCCCACCAUGAUGCAUCACACAUGACAGCGGAGCAGGGAAAUAAGAAAAGGGACCAUUGUGACAGAGGAGGCUGGUGGAAGGUCACCUUGAAAGAGACGCCCAUCCCAGGAUCUUACCACGUCCGGGACUUUAUUGAGGAGGCUGGCCUAAACCCGGUCCCCAGGACAUAUGGCUUCAAGGGUUCGGGGAGAGAUUUCCCAAUGCAACUGCGUAAGGGCGACCUGCUACUACCGGGAGCCUACGACUUUAUCGACUCCACCCAGGAUGCCCUGCGACGCCAAACCUCCUAUUCGUUUAAGAACUGCCCUCGGCCAAACAACUACACCCUGGGGAUCCGUGACAAGGACAUAGACCUUUCACCAUGCCACUAUAAUGUGUCAGAGAAACCAGUGGCCAAGAUUCCCUGCAAACAUAUGAUGUUUCGUUCAGCUGUGCAGCGUGCAAGCUUUGUGCCUAGAGAGGGCCCUGCUCCUGGUCACUACAACAUGAGGACCAGCCCAACCUUAGGGGUCACAUCCUGUUUCAAAUCCACUGUUCCCCGUCUUCACAGCGUCCGCUCGAGGACACCAGGACCAGGGACCUAUGAGCCAACCUGGCAGAUGGGUCACCGUCUGGGGACCGAAGCCAACAAGGGCCGGGUCCACGAUCUCUUCUUCCGCAAUCUCUUCUAAAAUCUAGCCCAACAACGUCACCCGUCCACUAUUAUUCAACAAGGGCCUAUUUCAUUCGUUCUACUGUCUGACACAAUGCAAAGGCCGAUGGGGAAUUCAAGUUGUAUAUUUUCCCUUGAGUAAAGAAAAACCCUGAUGACUCCCACAAAGGAAUUCUUCAGUGUCCGAUUUAUUUGACAGGUGCCCUUGACUUCAUUUACUCACAAACGCAUGGCUUACUAACACCAAAGACUUAUAACAUGAAAUAACAUGAUUUAUUUGGUCUAUAU